GUCAUAGCUGGGGGCGAUCCUCAAGAAACCUUGAUGUUGAAUAAGGGAAAUGUCAUCCCAGGUCAAGAACAAGCAAGAGCUUUGAAGGGUUCCUUGGCUGCCUGCCAGGCCUCUUUGGGUCCGUCGCCUCCUCCCAUUGAAAAGAUGAGAUCUGCCAAGAGGUCAGCUCCAACCUUGGAUUUGACCUGCUCCACUGUCCUCACCCCGCGGGGAUCCCCACUCCCUAACUCUCCCUGCCAGGACACCCCCUCUCCAAUCCAGCUGCUACCCAGAGAUCGCUUGACAGUCAGCAGUAAAGGGCAACGUAAACUGUCUUCGUUCCACGAUGCGGCGAAAAAGACUUCUAAGACUCCGUCCAUUCAGUCUGUCCCCUCUGCCUGUUCACCGGCAUGCCAGACCCCUGCACCCAGUCCCCCAACUGGACUUACUGCUGCAGAGAUGUGUGCAGGCCAGAAGCAUCUGUCCUCAGCGCCUCAGUCCCUUUCGUCUACACAGCCACUCUUGACAUCAACUCUUCUGGAGCUAGACAAGCCACCCGUACCAUCUCCCCCCCAGUCACCGUUCCCUGGGGACAAUGGCUGUCACCUUGACCUCAGUAAAGUGUCCUCGGUGUCCCUCGGUUCACUGAGCCAGUCUUCUCCACAGUCAUCGGUCCUCAGUGGGAAAAUUAAGGAGAGCUCCACUGGUGUGCUGACCAUGUCUUUUAAAGAGAACACGCCCAUCACAGACCAGGACCUUGAGCUAACACACCACCUUGUCUCAGGACCCAGCCGUAAGCGCUGCGUCUCAACACCCAGUAAUCCUGAGGAAGAGGAGAAGAAGAAAAGCAAGACUAGAGCCCAGCGUUCCCCUCGAAUGAAGCCAAGAAAACUGUUCAAGUCUUUUGCCGAGGUGUCUGUUGUGGACGAGCGGAGCCACGUAAGCUGCAGUCACUGGGAGGCUGAAGAAGUGGAUGCGGACAUGGAGGAGGAUUCAGAGUUGCCAGAACAGACUCUAAACCCAAAUAACCUUUGUCAGCAGCUGAGCUCUGAGCUGAAAAACAAGUUCCAGAACCAUUGCAAGAUGGUGGAGAUCUACAACAAACAGUCGUCCAAGGCCGUCCAGCAGCACAUUUCCUCCAUUGGUGUCCAGCUUAAAAAAAACAGAGUUCAAAGGCUCAGCCAAGUUCAAAAUAUCCUUUUGGAGGAGAUCCAGAAGAUGGAGCUGGAUGACAACAUGCUGAAAAGCAUGGAGAAAGACCUGACCAUAUACUGGAAGAAGCAGAUGACGACUUUCCAUUCUUACCAGAAGCAGGAGAGCAAGAGAAAUGAUACACUGAGGAGAACCCUCCAAAGUGUCUCCGGUCACAACUGGGAUUAUGAGGAGGGGCUGUUCAAAUCAGAGAUGUGCCUGGUCAAAAAAGACAUGAAGUCGAUUCAGGACAGACUCCUCAGUGAAAUGCACGAGGGAGAGAUCCAGAGUGUGAAGAGAGGACUACACGCUUUGUUCUUCCCCUGAUGGAGGCAGGUUUGGAGGUGGCCAAAGGUUUCUCUGCACAGCGAACCAAGGUGUGCGUUUAACAUGCAGCGCACUAACCGGAGUCAUAGGUUUGAGCUCAUUCCCGCUCCAGUGCUUGCAUGCAGCGUUUUUAUUCCAGUUUGUUUUGUGUUAGGUAGAUGAAGCCAGUUGUUUGAGAGCUGGGUUUGUUCCUCUUCUCUAUUGUGUUUUGUUAAGAGAUGUUUUAAAAUCUUCCAGAAAUGUUCUUUAAUGGGGGGAUCUAGAUGAAUCCCCUUUGGCUUCUGUACGGUUUCGACAUUUUUAAAACUCUAGAAAUGCUUUAGCACUAUAAGUUGUUUGAAUGCUGAGAUUAGCCGGCUAAGAAUUAAAAAAUCCCAAAUGUAUCUAGUUGUUUUUAAACCCAACUUGUUAACCUCGUUUGUGAUUGGAAAUAA